CACCUCCUCGGGGGCAACAGCGGGCCCUGCACGGGCGCCACAGGGGGUGUGGGCCCCUGGGUGCGAGGCCAGACCUCACCAGCCAGUUCCCGCCUUACGCUGGGUGGCUGGAUCCAGAGGCUUCUCCUAGAGUUGGCCCUGCUUUUUUAGGGGACAUUGAAGGAAACUGAGGCUUCAGUGGUGGUUGGCUUCGGGGGUGGGAGGCAGGACCCAGGUCUCCUGAUGGCCCAGCAGGGCGUGACGGUCAGUGUGUGUGUCAGUGUGUGCUCCUGGCUCAGGGCACAGGUGCCUUCUUCCUGGGCGCUUGGUGGCCUCUGGGCAGCACUCAGCCUGGCAGGGAGCUGUGUGUCACAGAUGGACGGGUGGACGCCUCACCCAGCCUCCCUGAGGGCUGCCAGGCUUGUCUGUUGACCCUGUCUUGCGUGGCACUGAGCCCCUAGAACCCCCGCGGCAGCCAGGCACGGGGUGCCCUGGUCACCCCUGUUGAGGGUUUGGGGUUGGGUCCUGGGAGUAAAUCCAGUUGAUUUCCUGAGAGAGAGCCUGUGGGCCACGCUCCCUUCGAGGCCCCGAGGGUCUCACGGGGAGCAGAGACCUGGCCAUGCCUGUCCUAAGGGCUCUGAGAGGCUGGUCAGUGACGGACCAACGCGUGCGCAGAGGCCAGAUGCGAGGCCGCCGCCAGCCUCUGCCCGCAGACCUGUUGCGGCUCUGGAGCCAUCACUCUGCGUGACCUUGGGCAGGUCGCUGGACGUUUCCGAGCGUGGUGUCCUCGUCUCUGAAUAGGAAGAGCUGCAAGGCUUCGUGAGAUCUUGGUUGUGACUUCACGGAGAAGCUGAGCCUUGUAAGAUCGCUGAUGACCAGCGGGCUCAGCUUAAAGGGCGCUUCUAAGCUGGCAUUGCGCGUUCGGUGUCAUCUGCGUGCUGUUUGUCGUCGCCAAAAUAGCCAUCAGCACCCGAGAGAAGACGGACGCCAGGCCUCCUCGCUGGAGAGGCAGAGCCCUCGUGUGGCCUCCUGCCUCGCUCACAGCCUGUGUCCUGGGGAGCCGGGCUUGCAGACAACAGCAGUGGUGUCCAUGGGCUCUGCAGACCAUCAGUUCAGCCUCGCAGAGAUCCUGUCCCAGAACUACGGCCUCCAGGAGGAGUGCACAGAGGCCGCGAGCGACCCGGAGAAGCCGGAGGAGGAGCUGGAGAAGGACUUCAUCUCCCAGAGCAGUGACAUGCCGCUGGACGAGCUGCUCGCCCUCUAUGGUUACGAGGCGUCAGACCCCAUCUCGGAGCAGGAGAGCGAGGGCAGCGACGCCACAGCCCACCUCCCGGACAUGACCCUGGACAAGGAACAGAUAGCGAAGGAUUUGCUUUCAGGGGAAGAAGAGGAAGAGACGCAGUCUUCAGCUGAUGACCUCACUCCGUCAGUGACCUCCCACGACGCCUCCGACCUUUUCCCUGACCAGAGUGGGUCUGGCUUCCUGGCUGAUGCAGACAAAGAGCCUGGCUCCUCCACCUCGUCUGACGCCGAGGAGGACCCUCUUCCUGCCAACAAAUGUAAGAAGGAGAUCAUGGUUGGGCCUCAGUUCCAAGCCGACCUCAGCAGCCUGCACUUGAACCGCCACGGAGAGAAGAUCUAUGAGAAUGAAGACCAGCUGCUCUGGGACCCCAAUGUCCUCCCCGAGAGAGAGGUGGAGGAGUUCCUGUACCGGGCGGUGAAACGGAGGUGGCACGAGAUGGCGGGGUCUCAGCUCCCGGAGGGAGAAGCCGUGAAAGACAGCGAGCAGGUGGGGCUGCCAUGUUGGGGGUGCUGGGGUCUUGGCACUGAGAAGUGGGCUCAGCUGGUUCUCAUGCUGUUCCCUCUGGGCUUGGGCUCCGUCCUGGUCCUCACUGCCCUGACUCUGCUGGGCCUCUGGGCUGUCCUGCAGGUGCGCACGCGGUCUGUGGGCGAGUGCGUGGAGUACUACUACCUGUGGAAGAAGUCAGAGCGCUACGACUGCUUCUCCCAGCAGACGCGGCUGGGCCGCAGGAAGUACGGCCCGGCAGGAACCACGGAUGCAGACCAGGACCUGGACGGUGGUGACCCUGAUGGCCCUGGCCGCCCCCACUCUUCGCUGCCCCUGCCUCCCGCUGCUGAUGGCCUGGGCCCCGAGCCAGACCCCCUGGCACAGAUGCAGACGGAGCCGCCGAGCGUGGACGGCGCGGCCAGCAGUGUCGCUGAGCCCGAGGAGGGCUCUGACGGCCUCCCGUCCUCAGAGCCGGGGCCCGGUUCGUUCCAGCAGCUGGACGCGCCCCCGGCGGUGCCCCUGCCCCGGCGGCCACCAGGCCUGGCCGAACCGGCCUUCUACCCACCAACCGUGGCCACUCCAGAGCCCAGCGCCAGCCCGAGACUGGCUGUAGACUUGGCCUUGCCCGGGGCCCUCCCCGAGGAGCUGCCCCUCACCUCCAGCCACACGGACGUGCACGGACAGCCUGAGGAGGCCGUGGCCCCCGCACAGGUGGCCUUGUCAGUCACCGAGUUUGGACUCAUCGGCAUUGGGGACGUGAACCCCUUCCUGGCCGCCCACCCAGCGUGCCCGGCCCCUGGGCUGCACUCGGAGCCCCUGUCACACUGUAACGUGAUGACCUGUUGAUCCCUGGCCGCAGGUGGGCGUGUGUGGCCUGGACUGGACUUGUGGCCACCGUGGGGCCUGCCUCCGCCGUCUUCCCGACCCUUCCCUCCUUGUGGGCCGUGGGGGACGCCUGCUCUGCUCAGAACACUCCAAGGACUGUGGCGAGUGGUGGCCCGGCCGCCCCUCCCUGCACAGACCGGCACCCCCAGCACCCGACACUGCCGUGGCCCCGUCGAGCAGCUGGGUCGGAGGGCCCUGCCCGUCUGGCCAGCAGAGGCGAGGAAGCCGUCCCUGCCUGUCGGGGAGACGGGUCUGGACGCCGCCCCCACCAGCAGCCUCCGCCCGGGGCGCCCCAGCUCUCUGCGUGGCCCCGUCUCCCUCCUCCUGGCUGGGCCGCGGGCUGCCCCAGCCCAGGGGUCGGUGGGCAGCUGCUACUCGGUGCCAAACCCCGUGGGGCACAGAGCCAUAUACCUCGAUGUCGGCCCGCCCGCGCCCGCGCGCUCUCUCCACUUCAGGAAAAGACGCACUUUACGCUCUCUCCCCUGGGGGCCCCAGCAGCCUUGGGCGUGGGCUCCAGGAGACUGGUGACCACAUCCCUCUUGGUACUGAGGCCUGUCGCCUGCAACACCGAGGGGCCGGCCUUGAGCCCGUUCCCCUGACCCCGAGGGUCGGAUUUCUGCUGACGCUCCCCGGGAGGAUGGUUUGGGGUCCUGGUCCUUCUCUUCCUGCCUCCCUCAUUUUAUUUAUGUUUCUGUUUACAAAUUGGAGUGGGGUCCUCUGGGGGCAGGGGCAGCACCUCCAGCCCCCGGUGUCACCAGGGGAGCGUUUUGGCUCAAGCCCCCUGCUCCAGGAGUCGAACUUGGGCUCCCUCUCGCCCCACAAGGACCACACUGUGAAGUGACAGCUGCCUUGGAUCCCUUGCUGUUUUAUUUAUUAAACUUGAGUUGAAGCCCGGGA